CUAUGGGUGAAUAUUCUUAUCAAAAUCUUCUACGUUCUCGAUUCAAAACACGAUAUAUAUCAGUGCCUAGUGCGGAAUAGAGUAAAUCAUGGCUGCUAGCAACGUCUCUGAAGCAGGAGACACUUCAUUGGCUGAACUGGUACAGGAUCGGAUGGAAUGGAAGUCCCUGGUUCUUUGGCGUCGCCCUGUACAGACUUUGAAGUAUGGUGGCCUGGAGGCCGGUCAUUUGUUGGUAUCCUUCACCGCAAAGCUGUUGAAUCUGUGGCUAGUGGGCGGUCUGCUGCUGUUGGGCAUGUUUUGUUUACUGCCCGGACCUCAUGCAGAUUUCGUGAUUUUCUGCCAGCAGAGGUUCGGAUUUGCGGUUUACUGGCUUGGCCUGGGCGUGCUCUCAUCUGUGGGGUUUGGCACCGGGCUGCACACCUUUCUGCUCUACCUGGGCCCUCACCUGGCAGCAGUCACUCUGGCCGCCUACGAGUGUCAGACUCUGGACUUUCCCUCUCCUCCGUAUCCGGACUUGAAGGUCUGCCCACAGGAGCCGUACAAGCGCAAUUACCCAGAUGUGUGGCAAAUUUUGGCAAAGGUGCGUCCGGAGGCGCUACUCUGGGGCAUUGGCACUGCUCUUGGUGAGCUGCCGCCGUACUUUAUGACACGUAGAGCACGGCUCUCCGGCAAGGAGUUGAAUGGAGCGGAGGAGCAAAAGUUAUUAGAUGAAAAGCGAAGGUGCGGAAAGCUAGGCAUUUUCGACCAUGCCAAGCUGUUCAUGGAACGGGCGAUGCGAAGAGUGGGCUUCCUGGGAAUACUAUUCUGCGCCAGCAUACCCAAUCCUCUGUUCGACCUGGCCGGCGUAACGUGCGGACACUUUUUGGUGCCCUUUUGGAAGUUCUUUGUGGCCACCCUGAUCGGCAAGGCGUUGGUGAAGGCCACCAUACAGCAGUUGUUCGUUAUCGCGUCCCUAACCGAGAGUCUAGUCGAUAGGUUUGUGGUCGGUCUGGGCAAGCUACACUAUGUGGGACCACCAAUGCAGCGCAUGAUCAGGGAACUGCUGCGGUCCACAAAGCAGCAAAUGCAUGGAACAGUCAAUUCCGAUUCCCUGGCCUACCUCAGCCACCUGGUUCGGGCGUUCGAGCUGUGUGCCCUCAUCAUGGUCACCUGUUUCGUAGUAUCCUCGCUGAACUGCCUCGCACAAAUCCAUUGCAAGCGCAAGCAGGAGAAGAGGCGCAAGAUGCGAAACCUGGAGAUGAUCCUCUAUGCCGAAACGGAGGCAUCAUCGUCGGAGGAGUUCAGCGUCUAAGCAGCAGAUACUGCUAUGAAGCUAGAGAUAGCUAAUCACUGAAUUUGUAGACCUACGUCUUGUAAUGUCCUAUAUCCUUAAUCAUCAG